AUUGCGUCACUUCCGUUUACUGUCGGCCGCCGCCGCGGUGUUCACAGAAAGACGCGGCGAACCGGCAGAAGGAGCUGAGAGAACGAAAGGAGGGGCGGGCGGGGGGCGGGCGGAAGGGAGAGGAAGUCCCAUCACGGAGACGCCAGUCUGGACGUUCCCGCCUCCUCCGACACUAUCGGGUCGGAUCGGAGAAGGGUCACCGCCUCCUCCAGCGGGGAGAAGGGGGGCGGAGCCCGGCUCAGGAUCAUGGAUUUUCCUGGUCACUUUGAGCAGAUCUUCCAGCAGUUGAAUUACCAGAGACUUCAUGGCCAGCUGUGUGAUUGUGUCAUUGUAGUGGGGAAUAGACAUUUUAAAGCCCACCGCUCUGUGCUGGCAGCAUGCAGCACACAUUUUCGAGCUCUGUUCUCAGUGGCAGAGGGAGAUCAGACCAUGAACAUGAUCCAGCUGGAUAGCGAGGUAGUGACAGCGGAGGCCUUUGCUGCGCUGAUUGACAUGAUGUAUACCUCCACCCUCAUGCUGGGGGAGAGCAAUGUUAUGGAUGUCUUAUUGGCAGCCUCUCACCUGCAUUUGAACUCUGUUGUUAAGGCAUGUAAACAUUACCUAACAACAAGGACRCUGCCCAUGUCUCCCCCCAGUGAGCGCGUUCAAGAGCAGAGUGCCCGCAUGCAGCGCUCUUUUAUGCUGCAGCAGCUGGGACUAAGCAUCGUGAGCUCAGCCCUCAAUUCCAGCCAGAGUGGCGAGGAACAGCCAGCCCCCAUGAGCUCAUCGAUGCGCAGUAACCUUGACCAGCGGACACCCUUCCCCAUGAGACGCCUUCAUAAGCGCAAGCAGUCUGCAGAGGAGCGGGCCAGACAGCGCCUCCGCCCCUCCAUGGAUGAGUCUACCAUUUCAGAUGUCACAGCCGAGAAUGGGCCUUCAGGGGUUCAUUCUCGGGAGGAGUUCUUUUCACCAGAUUCCCUGAAAAUUGUGGAUAAUCCUAAAGCUGAUGGAAUGAAUGACAACCAGGAAGAUAGUACUAUGAUGUUUGAYCAGACUUUUGGUGCUCAAGAAGAUGCCCAGGUGCCUAGCCAGUCUGACAACAGUGCUGGUAACAUGGCACAGUUGUCCAUGGCCUCUCGUGCAACUCAGGUUGAGACUACUUUUGAGCAGGAAGCUGCAACUGAGAAAAGUGGCUUCCAAUGUGAGAAUCCUGAGGUUGGCCUUGGUGAGAAGGAGCACAUGAGAGUGGUGGUAAAAUCUGAGCCUCUGAGCUCACCUGAGCCUCAGGAUGAAGUGAGUGAUGUGACCUCUCAAGCAGAAGGCAGUGAGUCYGUAGAAGUGGAAGGAGUUGUUGUUAGUGCAGAGAAGAUAGACCUCAGCCCUGAAAGUAGCGAUCGGAGUUUUUCAGAUCCCCAGUCUAGCACGGACAGGGUAGGUGAUAUCCACAUUUUGGAAGUUACAAAUAACCUAGAACAUAAGUCCACUUUUAGUAUUUCAAAUUUUCUCAACAAGAGCAGAGGAAGUAACUUUAGUGGGAAUCAAAACAAUGAUGAUAACAUUCCAAACACCACUAGUGACUGCAGGCUGGAGGGCGAGGCCCCUUACUUGUUAAGUCCAGAGGCUGGGCCUGCAGGCGGGCCCUCCUCUGCCCCUGGCUCCCAUGUGGAGAACCCAUUCAGCGAUCCUGCAGACUCCCACUUUGUCAGGCCCAUGCAGGAGGUGAUGGGCCUACCCUGUGUGCAGACUUCAGGUUACCAAGGAGAACAGUUUGGGAUGGAUUUUUCCAGGUCUGGUUUGGGCCUCCACUCCUCCUUCUCCAGGGUAAUGAUGGGUUCCCCCCGAGGAGGAGCCAGUAACUUUCCAUACUACCGCCGCAUAGCUCCCAAAAUGCCAGUUGUAACUUCUGUCAGGAGCUCACAAAUCCAGGAAAACUCUGCCAGUUCCCAGCUAAUGAUGAAUGGGACCACAUCCUCAUUUGAAAAUGGCCAUCCCUCCCAGCCUGGCCCCCCACAGUUGACCAGGGCAUCUGCUGAUGUCCUGUCAAAGUGCAAGAAGGCCUUAUCAGAACACAAUGUCUUGGUUGUAGAGGGAGCUCGAAAGUAUGCCUGCAAAAUCUGCUGYAAAACUUUUCUGACUUUGACAGAUUGCAAGAAGCACAUCCGCGUUCACACAGGUGAAAAGCCGUAUGCCUGCCUGAAGUGUGGCAAGAGGUUUAGUCAGUCCAGCCACCUGUAUAAACAUUCCAAGACUACCUGCCUGCGCUGGCAGAGCAGCAAUCUUCCUAGCACUUUGCUCUGACUAUUUGUCCUCAGGAGACAGUGCCAGCUAGUUGCGGGACUAAAACUAAAAUGGUUUUGGUGGGUGGUUAAUGCCAUUGGGUUUGAGGCUUCCGCUGCCCAGUGGCUCUUGCAAUUUUCAAUGACUAGUAAGUGGACAACUGUUCAUGUAGCACUUGUGCUGCAGCAUUUCUGAGUGAAAUGCGCAUCUGGGGAGAGGGAUGUGAUCCCUGGAACCAAGUUCUUCCUUAGGGUUGAGUGACAUAGUCAUAAAGUAGUUUGUAAUUGAUGUUAAAAGUGGC